AUGUCAUGGUUGGACGCCUUGGUCUCCCUCCACCACCGGCUGCUGCCGGACCUCCGCCGCACGCCCGGCCUCAUCCGGGACGUCUCGGCCGCCGACGGGUGGCGCUGCGGUGUGCGGCUGCUGGAGGCCUUGCAGCGUCAGCGGCAGAGGAGGGAUGUGGUGAUGGCGGGCGCCUGGAGCGCGGCGCUACAGCAGAUGCAGCAGGCGCAAGAGGCUGCACUCCAAGGCGACCUGGUAAGCUGCAAUGUCCUCAUCAGCGCGCAUGGCUCGCGGGUGGAUGAGAAGCUCUCCUCAGCCUGGCGCGCGGCCACCCAACAGCUUUGGGCCGUGAAGGCCGCCGACGUGUGGUCCUACAACGCGGCGGCCAGCGCGUCGAGCAAGGCACAGCAGUGGCAGAGGGCUUGGAGGCUCCUGGGUUUUGGUCGGAGCUCUGCCCUUCAGCCGGAUGUCAUCAGCUACAGCUCCUCGCUGAGCUCGGCGACGCCCUGGCGCCUGGCCUUGGACCUGCUCCCACCGCUGCGGCGCGCCGCGGUGCGCGGAGACGGUGCAUGGCAGAACCAGGUGAUGGUCGCCGUGGGCGAGUCCGGCGCGUGGCGCUCGGCCGUGCAGCUGUGGGAGGCCUCCGGUGCUGGGAACCUUCAAACCUUCACCUCGCUCCUGGCAGCUUUGCCGCCCUCCACCUGGCCAGCGGCCCUCGCCGCGCACAGCGCCGCGCACGGCAGCUGGGCCCUCGCCGGUGGCGGAGGGGAAAGGGCCGUGAGCUCCAAUGCGGCGGUCGGCGUGUGCACGCGGGCCGGCCAGUGGCUGGCGGCGCUCACAGCUGCUGCUGCGCUCCAGGCCGGUGCGCUUGCAACGCAGAUGGCCGCUGAGAGUGAGAUUGUGCGCGCUCAGACUGUUCUUGGUGCCUGUGGCACCCGUUGGCGCUGGGCGCUCUCCUACUCCGCACGCCACGACACACCUCGCGCGUUCCCAGCGGGUGCAUGUGGGCGUGCGGGGUGCUGGGAGGUGGCUGAGGCCUUGCUUCGAGGAGACGCCUGGAACGUGGCGUUGGCCGCCUGGGCUCAGCAUGGCUUAUGGCGUCGCAGCCUGUGGCGCUGGCAGGACACCGAUGCGGUGGGGCGCCGCACCGUGCUGCUGGCCGCAGAGAAGAGCCAGGAGUGGUCCUGGGUGCUCCACCUGCUGCAUCUGCUGGGUCUGGAGGCCAACCUCGUGGCCCGCAACACGGCGCUGAGCGCCGUCGCGGCGCCGUCGGCCGCGCGCGGACGCUGGCGCCAGGCGGUGGAGGCCUUUGCAGCGUGUGGGGCCGAGGGCGUCCUCAAAGCCGAGGACAGCAUCAGCUUCAAUGCAUUGCUGCGAGCCUUUGAGAGUGGCAUGGGGGCCCUUGCCUGGCAUCAAGGGCUCCAACUGCUGAGAGCCUUCCAGGCCUCGCACUUGGAGCCACGGGUGAUCACCUUCAGUGCCAUGGUGGCGGGCUGCCAGCAGGCGAUGCAGUGGGGGUGGCGCUGGGCCCUCCGUUUGGAGGAGGAACUCAUAGGCUCAGCGCUGCAGCCCAGUGUGGUCACUGCCGAGAGAGCGUUGGCUGCAGUGGAGGCUGAUGUGGGCAUUCGCUGCAGAUGGCUUCAUUCAACCAUCAUGGAAGUGGACAUGAGCUGGCGGGCGGUCGAUGUCACUGCUGCAGCGUUUGCAGUGCCUGGAGGGGCAGAAUCUGCGGAAUUUGGAGGCACAGCGGUGCCGGUGCGAGCUGAGGGGAUGAUCGAGUGGACGGGUGCCCCCUUUGCACUCCCACAGAAGGGCCGGGACACUCAUGCUGUGCGACUGAAACUCGUGCCAUGGGUUGAGAUGUCGAAGAGCAGCUGGCAGAGGGCUCUGGCGGAGCUGGAGGCGAUCGCAAGCUCUGCCUGGCAUGGAGCCUUGUUGCUCCUGAACCACAUGCUGGAACGACGGGUGGGCAACGUGGUGAGCUGCAACAGCGGCAUGGGCGCUUGUGCGACCUGGUCGCCGGGGCUGUGCGAGCGGGUGAAGUCUUCAUACUGGCGACAAGCUUUGCUGCUUCUGAGGCAUGGUCUGGUAUUGCGCCAUUUUGAGCCCCAGCGCUUCCGCGGCGGCACGCGACGCCUGCAGCGUGACGGCGUCACCCAGAAGCAAGCUGCCCAGGCGCUGAAGCGUGGUGCGGAGGCCUCGGGCCAAGAGCACUGGCCGGAGGCGAGGGCACUGGGAAAGGGCGAGGCCUUGGGGCAGCUGUCAGAGGUGGCGACGCGCGGCCUCGAGAUGGACGUGAAGUCCUUCGGUCUGGCGUCCCCGUUGUCCUUAUGGCAGUCCGCAGGGCGCUGGCCGGAUGCUCAAAAUAUGCUCCGACAGAUGACAAGUGCAAAGGUGCAGGUGGACUGCCGUGCCUACUCAGCUGCCAUGGGAGGCGCCCCAUGGACCAAGUCCGCUGCACUUCUGCAGGACUUGCAGUGGCAAUUGGAGGCAGAUGAGUUCGUGUACAACACCGUGAUGUCUUCCUCUCCCUGGAAGAAGGCCAGACGGAUCCUGCAACUGCAGCAGCUGAGACUUCAGGCCAGCAUCAUUUCCUACAACGCUGGACUGGUUACCUCGCCCUGGCCGGAAGCCCUGGAAGCUUUGCAGCGGGCCAAGACUGAGGAGCUCCCCAUGACCAAAACCUCGUUCGGCGCGCUCCUCGCGCAGAGCCGCCACCAUGGCUACUGGCCCCGCGCUCUGUGGCUGCUGUCCUCCGCGCAGCGCCAGAGGGUCGCGCUGGAGGGCGGUGUGGCCGAAUGCAACGUGGCGGCCGCGCAGCUGGACGCGGGUGGGUGGAAGGAGGUCCUCCACUUCCUGUCGGCUUCGGCGUCGUUGGACCACCAGAGGAGGGGGCCCGGUGUGGGGUUGAAGACCAUGGCCAUGAAGGCCUUCUCGGAAGGACAUGCGUGGCCUCGAAGCUUGGAGGUCUUUGAUGAAACGAACGACCGGGAUGUGGUGAUGCUCAAUGCACUGGUCACGUGUUAUGCCCAGGUGGCUCUUUGGGAGAAGGCGCUGCAGGUGCUGGGAAGUGUGCUCUGCUGGUCGCUGCGCGCCACGGUGGUCACCUUCAACGCCGCGGUGUCGGCCUGCGCGGCGGCGCGCGAAUGGCAGAAGGCUUUGGGGCUUUGGAGCCCGAUGCUUCAGCAAGACGUCCGCCCUGACGAUGUGACCCUGAACAGCUUCCUCUUGGCCGCGCAGGGGGUUGACGCGGACGAGUGGAGCUUGGUGCUUCAACUCUUGAGCGCUUUCUCUUUGGCCACCUGUCAGUUGAAUGUGAUCUCCUACAGCACCGCCAUCACCGCCUGCCCAGCCGCCCGCUGGCCACUGGCCCUUUCGCUGGUGCACCAGGCCGCCACGCGGGGCGUGGGCGGCGGCGGCGUGGCCGGCACGGCCGUGACGACGCUGGGCCGGGCGGCGGUGUGGCGGCGAGCCGUGCAGCUGGCAGAGGGCGAGAGCUGUGAUGCGGUGAUGUUGGCAUGUGCCAGGGCGGUGGAAACCGCUGGGAGCAAAAGAGGACUUGACAAGGCCAGAGGCUACUUGGAGACGAUCCAGAAGAACCACCCAUCCGUCUCUUGGGCUGAUCUCAUUCAGCUGGCGUCUGCGACUGCCAUCGAAAUGGCAGGUGGCCCGGUGAUCAAGAUGAAGUACGGCCGCGUGUCGGUCACCGACCCCUCGCAGUGCGCGGGCCCCGCCUCGCGCGAGGGCUUCAAGGGCAACGCGGGGCUCCCCGACGCGGCGCCGCCGUUCGGGUGCGGUGCCCAGAAGCCGGAGGAGCACUUGCGCAACGUCUUCGGGAAGAAGAUGGGCUUCACGGAUCAGGAGAUUGUGGCAUUGAGCGGCGCUCACACCUUGGGGCGAGUCUUUAAGGAACGCAGCGGUGCAUGCCCUUUUGGCUACGGCGAGCAGAGCGCCUCCAAGUACACCAAGGGCAACUGCAUUGCGCGGAAGGAUGGCAAGAGCGGCGUCGGCAUGGUGGGCGGUGGCGCUUGGACCAAGAACUGGUUGACCUUCGACAACAGCUACUUCGCGAACUACAAGGAGCCCGGCGUGGUUGGACCUGGACUCCUUUGGUGUGGAGACGCCAUGGAUGAUGAUGAUCUCAUUUGGCUGCCCACGGAUGAAGUCCUGCACAAUGACCCCGAGUUCAAGAAAUACUUCUACAAGUAUGCUGGUGACCAGAACGCCUUCUUCCAAGACUAUGCCCUGGCGCACAAGAAGCUUUCUGAACUGGGAGCGAAGUUUGACCCACCAUCCGGUUUUGAGAUUUAA